GCCGGUCGCAAAUCCGAACUAUUCUGUUGCGGGAGCUCGUCGCGACCAAGCGCAAAAAACGGGUCAGUAGUGUACGAUCGAAGUCGUUCCCAAAUAUAUAAAAAGUCGGACAAAGACAAAGUCGGACAAUCAUGCGAAACAAUUGCCUCAUCGUUGUGGCAUUGUGCCUCUUCGGGUUGGUGGCCGCCAAGGCUUCGGACGAUCACUGGGUUUGGAGGUCAUACAAUCGCCGCGAACGCUCCUUUCGCGACAUCGAUCGCCGGAGUUCCCCCAUCCGGAAUUCCUACGACAACAAGCUGAGAAGAGAACCCACCACCCGAAGGCCACUACCCGGAGAACCCGAGAACGAUGAGAUCGAGGACUAUGCGGACGUGGAGCCCACCAGGUCUGCGGAUACCCCUAAUGUGGGCACUCGUCAGUAUAAUCCCUACGGAGGUCAGCCUAGUGCUGGACAAUUUGGCGGCGUUGGAGGCUAUGGUGGAAAUCCGGGAGUGUUGGUGGGACCUGGAGGGCCAACUGGAAUCAUUGGAAGGCCUCAGAUCUACCCGAAUCCCUACCAGCCCGGCUAUGGAGGAUUUUCAGGAACACAAAAUGGCAUUGGUGGCUACCCGGGAGUGGGCGGCUAUGCAGGUUUCCCUGGAGCUAAUGUUGGCACAGGGUACACUGGCUAUCCUGGAAACGGACUGGGCCUAAAUCAGUUCCCCGGAAACGGACAGUAUCCCUACGGAACCUCCUAUCCAGGAGGCGACUUUAAUGGUAAUCAGUUUGCUGCUGGAGGCCAGUUCCCCGGAGUGGGACAGUAUCCGGGAAGCCCACAGUUCGGAGGACCGCAGUACACCGAGGGCUAUGGUCUGGCCGGAGGCUUGGGUUUGGGCCAACUGGGCCUGGGAACUGGAGGCCUAGGCUAUGGGCCAGGCGGCGGUUUCGGCUUUGACGAGAAAUCCCCAGCGGUUGCCGAGGGAAAAAGUGCCAAGAGCGUGGCAGCGGCUCCUCGAAGCAUCAACGAUAAGCUCAGUAAGAAGAUCUAAGAGAAAGGACUACUUUCAACCCAAAUCUCAUCCAUUUCCCAACCACCUUCAGAUGUAUAUAGUCGCCUUAGAGUAGAGAUUAGGAUAGACUAAGCGAAUAAAUUUCAAUGGUUACCCA